AGAGAGUCGGUGUUAACUGCAAGUAGGCUGAGCGAAAUGAACGCCUCUAUGUUAUUGUCUAAAGGGGGUGGCCUCAACUGCCAAGAUUAGGCGUCGAAAGCAUUUAAGAGUAGCAAAUGCAGAGAUGAGAGCAUGUUGCUCUGUUAUUGUAUUGCGACCGUUAACAAAAAUCGAUUCUUCGGACAUUGUUGAAACGAGUCGAGUGCCAUAAAAUCACUACAGAGUUACGCCAGCAUGCAGAAAAGCUGUGACAGUAGAUUUUAGCUACUCGUUGCUGAAAGCCAAAGCCAAAAUCAACUCGACCGUUCCGUACGAAGAACGAAAAUCGAACACCACCACGACUGAGCGACCGAGGAUGAUGACCCACUUUUCGGAAUUUUCGCAUUAAGAAAUAGCAAUCAUUGUGUUGGGUUCAAAAAGAAUUUAGUGUUAAAAUAAAUGUGUAAAUAUUAAUGUGUGUAAAUAGAAAAGAUUAGCGCGACCAUAUGCUUAACAAUUAAUAACAGUUAAAUAAACUAACAUAAAAGUAUAAAGGCAAAUGAAGUGUGAAAAACCACUUUGAAGACACUAGAGGCAUAUACAGGCAUCCGCAGGCCCAAAAGUUCGCUCUAUACUAUAAAAUCACCCCUUAACUCCGCAUUCCGCAUUCCAGCGCACAGCAGUAGGCGUAACAGCAAAAGAUGUGGAGCGCCAAUGGAGCACCAGCGGAGCGCUAGCAGAGGCUAUACAGAAAACUGCUGGCACGAAGUUGUAUAAAAAUCGGUCACAAAGCUGGUUUUCAUGGUUGCGCGAGUGAAAAUGUGCUAAAAAUGUGCUUUCUGCAAAAUAUUAAAUGAAAUGGGCUAGAAGUGUAAAAAAAUAUGUAGAUAGAAAAAGAAAAGUUUUACAAUUGCGUAAAUCUAUAAAUCUAUAAAUUAGUCGUGUGGCAGAGUUUCAUUUUAGUUUUUCGACAAAACAAAUAUCUGACGAUGUUGGCGAUAAAAGUAGAGCAAAAGCUAGCGAAAAAUAGAUACACCAGUUUUUAGUUGUGGAAGGAAGAAAUAAGUAUUGCCAGUGAAGGUGUGAGAAAUUGUAAAACAUACAUAUAAUACAUACAUAUUUACCCUUUGAAAUGCAUUUAUGAUAAAUAACUAAAUUCCUCCGAAUGCAAAUGUAAAUUAUUAAUCAGCACCUUACAAAUAAUACAAUUUAUGUAUAUUAAAAUAGCGAAAAAAUUUAAUCUGUACUAAUUUUCGCCUCCACUCAUUCGUGUAUAAUAAAAAUAAGGGGAUAAAUAAUAGCAAUACAUAUGAACUAAAAAUAUACAUACAUAUUAUUCGUAAAAUAAAGAAAAAUAUAAAAAUACGAUAUUAAAUUUACAAAAUAUUUAAAUGUCGGCAAUAAAAAAAAAAUAACUCGCAAGCAAACGUGCAACUAUGUAGGGAGUAAAGAUAGCGAAUAAAAAUCGAAAAAUUAUUCUAUACGGAGGAGAGUUCAACUUUCCAACGCGAAAAAAGCAUAUCGACACGCAAACGUGCAGGAAGUGGAAGUGAAGGGUCAGCAGGUGGUACUUUUGGGCAGCGAAUACGAAAAAAUUGCACACACACCCAUACACACUUACGCAGCGUACAAAUAGUACACAUACACAGUCGUACAGACAUUCACACACACACACGCACACACAUCAAUGCAGACGUGAUAAGCACGUAAGCGUAAGCGUAAGCGACGGCAAAGGCAAAGGCGUUCUACUUGAUUGCGUUGACGUUCGCACGCUCACACAAUCACACGCCAACACGCUCGCAGGCACAUUUUAUCAUUACAAACGCUCGUACACCAUCGGCUUCACCGUUAGUCGCCUGCUUCACUGCCUUUCGGUUGACUGGCGAAAUUUAUGGUUGCUUGUUAAAGCAAUUCGCCUAAAUGAUUUCAUACGUCCAACAACGGAUGGGGCAACAGCAACAGCAACAACACAAACAUCAACAGAAUCUACAGCAACAGCGCAUAGGGAAUAAAAUCACGGAUAACGUUAAAACUACGAACAGCAAUAGUAACAACAACAAUAACUACAACAUUAAUAACUAAAAUAAAACCAAAUUUAACAACCGCAAAAUCGUAAAAAUUCGCUAAAAUGCCGUACGAGUCCAUGCAUCACCACCAGUCAUCAGCGCCCAACGGCAUGUUGGACUCAUUGAGUUUGCAGCUCCGUGAUGCGGAGAUGCGCCGCACUGAAAUAGAGCGCGCACACCAGGAAACGUUGGCACAAAUACGCAAUUUGUCGAGCAGUAGUCGCCCGGAUACGGAAGCUGUCGAGAAUCUGCAGUCGCGUGCUCGUGAACUUGAGAAAAAAGUCGCUUUGGAAAAUGUACGCUGUGAGGAAUUGCAAAUUGAAUUGACGUCCGCGCUGAAGGCGAAGUCUGCGCGUUCUGGCGGUAGCGAUCGAGGCAACUAUGGCGGCAUGUCGGCAUCAAGCGCAAGUGCUUCUUCAGCGGCCGCCACUUCGGGCACAAGCUCCACUGUCACAUGGGCACCGACAAUCAGUCAUCAGGACCAAGGCUCUGAAAUCGAUAUCAUUAUGGCGAAAAUCGAACAAGAUAAUCGCGUAUUGGCCGAGCUGGAGCAGCCCCGUACAUCGGCCAUGGGCAUGUCUUCGAUGCCAACCAGUUCCAUAUUGAAUACCACAAAUAGUGAAUUUAAAACCAUAUCAAAAAAUGAAUUAGAAGAAGAACUGAACCGUUAUAAGCGAGCAGUGUUGGGCGGCACAAGCGGCACCGCCGUCGGUAGUUCGGCGCUCACCAGCAGCUAUGGUACCGCAGCCACCACCGGCGCUGGUGGCUUACCAUCAUCGCUUACCUCCACAUUGCCGAAUGGCGCUGGCGCCAUGUCAGCCGCACUAGUUGGUGGUGGAGGCAGCAGCGGUGUUGGUGUUGGCGUUAGUGGAGGUGGUGGCAGCAGUGUCGGCAGUGGUGGUGGUAGUGGCGGCAGUGGUCCAGGUGGUGGUGGCGGCGGCGGCGGUGGUGUUAUGGGCCUCUCAUCCAUAUCAGCGCUGGUGCCCAACUCCAUUGGCGGCAUAUCGUCGAGUUUGAGCAGUCAUGCCAUACAAUCGAUGAACGCGGCAGCGUCCGCCUAUGGCGCUGGUCCCACGUCCGUUGAGAAACUGCUAAGCGGAACAAGUGGAAUCGCUGGCGGCAUUCCACCAUUGCCGGUAAAUAUUCAUACGAUGAAGUCUAUGCCAUCAGCAUUAAGUCAGCGUGGCACAAUACAACUGUAUAAUUUACAGAGCACAACCAUGCCCAUCUUGUCGUUGAACGCGCAUAAUAUACCGACCGGCACGAGCAGCUACUCGGCACUGGGGCUAAGUGGUGCCGGUACCGUCGGAGUGCCACCGCUAGGCUCGUCGUUGACACACCCCACAUUGGGCAAUAUGCUCGAUACGAACACUCUUCUGGGCACUACCGGUUUGUCGGGUUUGAGCGGAGUGACGGGCCCCUCUUCGUUGUAUGGAUUAGGCGCCGGCACUGGUAUUGGUGGUUUAAGUGGACUCACCAGUGGUCUACCCAAUUCAUAUCCCCCACCGUUCAUUGAUGUUGGUUCGAGCGCCUCAUAUCCGUACUCAUCGGCUGCAUUACGUACUGCUACGAAAAUGAAAAUGCUCGAUGAGAUUGAUAUACCGUUGACACGUUAUGGCAAUCGAAGCUCGCCGUGUUCGCCAAUACCGCCCAGCACGUGGGGACUCGAUGAGUUCACCGAUAGUUUGAGCGCAUCAAUGCUACAUAAUCGUGGCAAUUUGGCGUUGGGCGCAUUGGAUUUGGAAACGCGCAAUCAUAAUUUAAACGGUGUUAGUGAACCACAAGUAGACAUGUUGGACAUACCGGGCAAGGGACGAUGCUGCGUCUUCAUAGCGCGCUUUCCGUACGAUCCACCAGAGGAAGCUGAAGGCGAAUUAUCGCUUUGUGCUGGCGAUUAUUUACUUGUUUGGACCAGCGGUGAACCCCAAGGCGGGUAUUUGGAUGCCGAAUUGCUGGAUGGUAGGCGAGGUCUCGUGCCCGCCUCAUUUGUGCAACGUUUGAUUGGUGAUGAUCUGCUGGAAUUCCAUCAGGCAGUACUGUCGACAUUACGCGACGCCGAGGAUGGUUCAAUGCAAUGUGAUACUACUUCGUUGCCCUCGCUGCCGCCACACAAUCCAUUGCUCACACACACCCAGGAGGAUUUAGCACGAUUGAGUGAGACGCACACAGAUCUGGAACACGAUCAAGAUGACAUAAGUGAUAAUGUUCCAGCACCGAAACACUUAACGCUCGAGCGCCAGCUAAAUAAAAGUGUGCUCAUUGGUUGGUCACCACCUGAACCUGUAGGCUAUAAUCUCAUUGACAGCUAUCAUGUCUAUGUCGAUGGUGUACUGAAAGUAACGGUAAAGGCUAAUGAGCGAACACGAGCGCUUAUAGAGGGCGUAGACUCGAAUAGGCCGCAUCGUAUCAGCGUGCGUAGUGUUACACAGAAUCGUCAGACAUCACGUGAUGCGGCUUGCACAAUGAUUAUUGGACGUGACACCUCGCAUUUAGGCCCCUCAGCGGUGCGUGCUUCACAUAUUACGUGUUCAUCGGCAGUCAUAUCAUGGUUACCGGCCAACUCCAAUCAUCAGCACGUGGUGUGCGUGAAUAACGUGGAAGUGCGUACAGUCAAACCGGGUGUCUAUCGCCACACCAUUACCGGGCUGGCCCCGAGCACACAAUAUCGAGUCACUGUGCGGGCCAAACAUUUGCGAGCGGCAGGUGGACAACCGACACCGGGACGCCCGCAGGAGGAAGCACCGGGUGCGUAUGCUGAUUUCCGUACGUUGACUAAGGGUUUGCCCGAUCCGCCACAGGAUAUCCAACUUGAGGCUGGUCCUCAAGAUGGUACCAUUUUGGUGACAUGGCAGCCGGUUAACCGGCCAACAUCUUCUGGCCCCGUAACCGGCUAUUCUGUGUACGCCGAUGGUAAAAAAGUUACAGACAUUAAUUCACCAACUGGGGAUCAUGCGCUCAUCGAUAUCGGCAAACUGGGCGUAUUCAAUCCACGUGCGGUCACCAUACGCACCAAAUCGCGAGACGCACAAUCGGCCGAUAGUGCACCGAUACUAAUACCAAAUACAGUGCGCAGUGCAGUUGGUCGUCGAGGCCCACAGCAAAUGGGCAUGGGUCCACAACAAAUGCAGCCCGGUCCACAUGGUAUGCCUGGCCAAAUGGGUAUGCCCGGUCAACCGCAUCAGCAACAACAGCCGCACAUGAUGGGUCAGGACCCACAUCAAUAUGAUCCGAAUCAACAAAUGCAACCCGGACAACAACAACAAACGGGGCAACAACAGCCCGGACAGCCGGGACAACAGCCUGACGGAAGCCAUGGCUUAUUAGGUGGGCUGCUCGGUGGCCUCUUCUCAAAACCUACUACUCAGAGUCAAGUGAAUCAGAAUGUCAAUGGCUAUCAGCCGGGAACCGGGCAGCGGCCAAUGAUGCAGGGCCGACCUCCUGGUCCACAGAUGAUGGGCGGACAACAACCUGGACAGCAACCGUAUGGACCGCAGGGUCAAAUGGGCGCACAACAACGUUUUCCCGGCCAACGUGGACCUACACCGGGACAGAUGCAGGGCCAAAUGCCCGGCCAGAUGCAGGGACAAAUGCAAGCCCAAGGACAAAUGCAAGGACAGAUGCAAGGACAAAUGCAAGGGCAGAUGCAAGGUCAAAUGCCCGGUCAGAUGCAGGGGCAGAUGCAAGGUCAAAUGCCCGGACAAAUGCAGGGUCAAAUGCAAGGUGCUAUGGGUCCGCGUGGUCCACUAAAUCCACAACAACAAAUGCAACAGCAACAACAGCAGCAGCAACAACAACAACAGGGACAAAUGGGUAUGGGCCCUGGGCAACAACCAUUAACCCAACAACAACAGUUGGCGGCACAAAAGAAGCCACGAUAUUUCGUCGCUAUGUUCGACUACGAUCCAAGCACAAUGAGUCCAAAUCCAGAUGGCUGCGAUGAAGAACUGCCAUUCCAAGAAGGUGACACAAUCAAGGUUUUCGGCGACAAAGAUGCCGAUGGCUUUUAUUGGGGUGAAUUGCGCGGACGUCGUGGUUAUGUGCCGCACAAUAUGGUAACUGAAGUGGAUGAUGGUACCGGCGGUAUGGGCCCAAUGCCGGGCGUACAACAGCAGCCUGGUGGUCCGGGUCAAGUGAUGCCUGGUCAGGGUGGCCCGCAACAAAGUAUGCGCAAUGUAAGUCGCGAUCGUUGGGGAGAUAUCUAUGCAAACAUGCCGGUGAAACGUAUGAUUGCACUGUAUGAUUACGACCCGCAAGAGCUGAGUCCAAAUGUGGACGCCGAACAGGUGGAAUUGAGCUUCAAAACGGGUGAAGUAAUACUCGUUUAUGGUGAUAUGGACGAAGAUGGUUUCUAUAUGGGUGAAUUAGACGGUAUACGCGGUCUCGUGCCGUCGAAUUUCCUCGCCGAAGCACCCGAUCAGUACAACAAUCAAAUGGGACCGGCAGGACGUGGUGGCCUAAGUCAACGGGGCAGAGGACAAGGUCCUGGCGCCAGAGGGCCACCGCCACCGCCCAGAGAUAACAUGAUGCCCGGCAUGACUGGGCAACGUGGUUCCAUUGGCAAAAAUGCUCGCCCUGCUUCCCCUACACUGUUAGACAACACGGGCCUCCCUGCCCCCGAUCACCAAACGCAGGGGAUGAUCGGUCGCGGUGGUAAUGUUGGUAUGCAACAACAACUACAACAACAACAACCUUAUGGUCAGCAACAGACGCAACAGCAGCAGCAACAACAACAAAUGGGAAUGGGGCAACAGCAGCAGGGUAUGAUGGGACAGCAACAACAACAACAGCCGAUGGGAGGACAAAUGGGCGCCAUGGGUCAGAUGGGCCAAAUGGGCCAGAUGGGGCAGAUGACGCCACAGCAGCAACAACAACAGCAACAACAACAACAGCAGCAGCAACAACAAAUGGGCAUGGGCGGGCAGAUGGGACAAAUGGGCCAAAUGGGUGCGAUGGGGCAACAACAACAGCCCGGUAUGAUGGGCGGUCAACAACAAAUGGGUAUGGGCGGUAUGAUGGGGCAACAACAACAACAGCCGCCUGUAACAACACAGUCAUCUGGCGGUUUAUUCUCCGGUGCGACAAGCCUACUCUCAGGUGCUACUUCGGCUGCCACCGGUGGUCUAUUUGGUUCGAAACAACCACCGAAACAAGAUCCAAUGCAACCACCAGUCGGUGCGCAGCCAACGCAGCCAGGCCAACAGCAGCCACCGCCGCAAGGGCAACAGCCACCGCCACAGGGUCAGGGACCUGGGGCGGGGCUGUUGGGCGGACUGAAAGGGAUUGCAGCGGCGGCGCCCGGUGGGGAUGUACUGUCAAAAGGCAAAGAUCUCUUCGGCAAAUUUGGAUUCGGCUUCGGCAAAUAACCCCGGUCAUUUUGUAGGGCAUUUCUAUUUAUAUUGUAUUUCAAUUUGUAUUUAUUAUUAUUAACUAAGAGACGAAAACAACAAAAACCACAACUAUUAUUAACGCUUAAAAAUAUAAAUAAUAACAACAACAAUAAUAAUAAAUAUUAUAAAUAUGAUUAUUGUAAAUCAUACAAAGCAAUUGUUUGCAGUGGUGAUUAUAAAAAACUAACGGUACUAGCAUUUUUUAUUACAUAAUAUGAGAUGACAAAAAUUUGCGCAAAGCGAUGAUUAACUGAGAAUUGUAAAAGCGACAAACCACAAACUGAUAGUAAUAUUUAAUAAAGUUAUUGUUUGUGUUUUUUCCCUUUUUUGCGGGCGAAAAAACAAUGCGACACACUUGCAUACAUAUAUAUGUGAAUUGACCGAACGGUUGAAAGAAUGAAAGAAGGGCGUGCCAUGGGGUCUUUUGACACAGCGGCGCAUAUUUAGUGGGAUUAAAGGGCGAUGGCGGAGGACCCGCACGCGUGUAAACUAUGCGGAAAUCAACCAAAAUACUGUGAGAAAAAGCUAUAUGAUUGUUGUAAAAAGAAAAAUAAGAUUUAAGUACACGAAAUCACACGAAAACACGAAGACACAUGUGGAAGUCCAAAUUGAAAACUAAUUACAUACAGACACACCUACACCGUACACAAUAAUACAAGCUAAAGUGAAAUGUUGAGGGGAUGUCACUUAGAAGUUAAAAAUGCAAUAAUAUUCGACAACAAAAAGAAAAAUGAGAAAAAUCAUAUUGAAAAUGAAAUUUACUAAAAUUUAUAUGAAACUCACUCUUAACUAUGUACUUUAUUUGAAUUCUUCAUGUAUUUACAUACGAACAUACAUACAUAUAAACAUGCAUACGAUAUAUUAUCUAUACCUAGCUACACAUAUGCACACAUACAUACAUACAUCUAUAUAUAUAUAUAUAUAUAUAUAUAUAAUAACAUACAUGCAUAUUUCCAGGCAAUGCAAAAUAAAAUUAAAAUUAUACAUACUGCAUUCAAACACAACAUACAUACAUGCAUACAUAUAAAGAUGAAUAAAUAUUAAUAAUUAAUAUAAUUAAACAUUAAAACAAAUUAUAUAUUAUUAUAUAUACAUAUAAAUAAAUAUAUGAAUAUAUUUACAAGAAAAAUAAUUAUUUGUUACGCACAUUGUUAAAUUUGCUACUGUUGCUGACCAGUUUAUAAAUAAAACAAAAUGAAUAUAUAUAUAUAAUAAUUGAAAGUCAAAAAUAUAUAAAAAUAUAAUAUAAUACAUAACAGAAAACAAGAAUAAAACAUGCUACACACUAUGUAUUAUAUGCGUGUACGUGAAAAAAAUAUGAAAAAUAAAAACCAGAACUUACAAAAAAACACAAGAAAACAUUACAACUAACCUAUACUAAAUACAUUAUAUUAUAUUUAAAAAAAAAACUAAUGAAACCAAAGAACACAAGUUUAAAUGUAAAGAAUAAAAUAAAAAAUGAAAUUGGCAAAAUUCAAAAUAAAGUACACUACUUGUGAGAAAACAAACAAAGAACACCUGUAAAACUGUUUCGUAAAAAACAAAGAAGUGAAUGGCUUCAUCAACUGCGACAGCAUACUAUAUAUGUACAAGCAUAUAAAUACAGACAUAUACAUAUAUAUAUAUAUAUACAAAAAUAAAGAAAAAAAGUGAGUUUGAAUGAUAUAAGAAAUCUGCUUUAAAAGUAACACUUAAACUUAAAUGCUAAUACUUUAAAUGAUACGUACUACAUACAUACAUACAAAAAUUUAGUUAAAGCUAUUUCCAAUUGAUUAAUACUAAAAUGAGUGAAUUUAAAACAAACAAAUCUAAUCUAAAUACCAAAAUUUAACAAAACAUUUCUAAUGCUAAGGCAAAUUUAUUAAAAAAAUAAUAAUAAUAAAUAAACAAAUAAUAAAUAACGCUUUUUGUUAGUAAACUCUAAAAGAACUCUAUCGGUGGUGUUAGUAACAAGUAUUUCCGCAUUUUUAACAAUUUUAGUUAUAUUUUAUACCAUCUGGUGCGUUAAGAAUUAUUUUGAUUCUGCAAUUAUUAAGAUUUCCAUUGUGGAUUUUGUUUUAAAGUUGACUGCUAUAGAUAACUUUCAUUUUCACUUGACCUUCGUAGCAUUGAAAUUGCCUACCGCUACUGUCGAGACUGUAAUGUCGUUUAUAAGAGUUCGUUGUUUUAACUCGUGCUAUUUCGUGCGAUUUCAAUUUUGAAUUAAUUUGAAAAACUGUUGCUAUUCUCUAAUUCUUUUUUCGUAUAUUGUAAACUUGUCGAAACAUUCAAACAAAAUAUGUAUAGGCUAAUUCCCUAAUACAUAUGUAUAUACACAUAUACACGGAUUUAUGUGUAUAUUGUAAGCAAAAAAAAAAAAAAGUAAUGAUAGACAAGUAUGUGUGCAUGUACGUCAAAUAAAUUGAAUACCGCGUCCUAACCUCGCAUUUUUUACUUUACCCCUAGUUGAAUUUCUAUUAUAUUAAAACUCAAACUAGUAGUCAAAUCUUGCGGCAUCUCAAAUAAUCUCUACAGUUCUUAAGCAAGUUCAUACAAUGCAUAUUUUACUUAUAUAAUUUUUUUCUAGGUAAAAAGUAACAUCUAAAGGAAAUCCACGUGAAAAAGUGAAUGAAAUUAACAUUAAAUCUACUAAAAUAUAUAAAAUGUAAUUUGCUUUCUAUAUAGUUUAGCCUACAGCUUCUAAUUUUGAAAUAUAAUUUAGCUUGAAGAAAAUGUUUGAAGAUUAUAAAAGGUUUAGAAAGCUUUCGAAAAUAUAUUUAUAUUUUUAUUUUUGUUAUAAAUAAGUAUACAAUGAUUAAAUUAGAAAAAAAUCAGCUUUUAACAUUUACUGUAAUAUUUUAACAAAAACUUAAUUUCGAACUUUCACUGAAAGUUUCCAAGUUAAUAAUUUUUUUUUAUGUUUUAUUUUCGAAAAUUGAAUUGUGAGUUUUAAAAUUCUGCAGUCUUUAUUUUUUGUGUUUGUAUGGUAUAAAAUGAUUUUGAAAAACUAUACCGAAUGUCUUUGAGAUUAGUUAAGUUGGCCAUUAAACUUUUGUAGUAACCAAAAAAGCACAAAAUUUCGCGGAACUGUAGAGAAUAUCUUAGUAAGCUAAUCAAACAUAAAUACAUACAUGCAUACAUAUUAAUAUAAUAACAAUAUUAAAAAUAAACUUAAACUCUUCUAAUUAUUCUUGCUUUUCACUCUGAGUUGCUUCCUUAACAUAUAUAUAUAAUAUAUUUAGAAAAUAAAUGACAAAAUUAUCUGCCAAUAAUUCCGAUCAAACAAUCUUCUUCAUAACUUUGCAUUAGGCAUUGCCAUUCUUCGAGUAACCACAAAACUUUUCAAACAAAACUACUUUUACUCUACAUACAUACAUACAUACAUAAGAGAAGAAGAAGUUUAAAAUCAAAUCACUAAUAAUAAUGAAAGCGAUUGUAUUAUAACAGUUUAAACAAGUAAGCAAGUGAAAUUAUUCUGUUCAAAAUGCGGCUAGCAUUAAAUAAUCAAUAAAUAACUAAAUAUAGUAACCUGCAAAUAUGUAUUAAAAUGCUUUCUCUCACUUUCUCGAAGCAAAAAAAAAAAUAGAAAAAAUUAUUUAAAAUAAUAAAUAAGUGAACAUGCCACUGCGAAAGUAACUGUAAACGGCCACAGCCAGUAACUUCAUAGAGUUUCCGCAACUUCUUCACUUAUUUCUGGAUAAAAUCUUCAUGCAUUCAAAUGAAAUCGCUAAAAUUAAAAAAAGGCGCAUAAACUGGUGUUGAGAAUCUUAUGCAUAUACAUACAUACAUUUAGAUAAAGCAUACGGCCAAUUGCAGAAUCACAAAAACAUGAUCGAAUAUACCAAAUAUUUUAUGUACCUAUUGUAUCACUAGACAAACAAAUAAACAAAGCAAUGAAGUAGGGAAGUUGAAAUAGAAUAGUGGCUAAUUAUGUAAACAUAUAUACAAGUCGAAAAUGCAUAUAUACACACGUACUUAAUUGACAGUAAACAGGAUUUAUGCAAUGGACACAAACUCACAUUUACAUACAAACAAAUUGUAUAACACAAUUCGCGCACACACACACAUGCAUCUAUAACAUGACACACCAAAGGUUAAAAUACAUAGAACUCUAUUAAAAUUCUGAUCUUUUGAAAAAGGGAAUAAAAUAACAAUAACAAAUAUUAGUUAGUGCGAUUCCUUUUUCAUAAACUACACACACACACAUACAACAAAUUAGAAAUUACAACAAACACAAUAAGUGAAGAAAAAACACAAUUUGAGGAACAAACAAAUUAGUUCCCAACAAUAAAGCAAAACAAUACAAAUAAUAUUCAAUCGUUGACUAUCCAAUGUUGCCCACAAAAUGAGAAAAACAUGUUUACACCUAAAUUUUGUAUAUACUAAAAGAAUCAUUUAAUAUUUAUAUUUACUUAGUCAAAAGAAAAACCGAUUUGUUGUUAAUAAGUAAAAGUGAAAUGAAACCGUAAUAAUGCCUAAAUAGUAUUUACUUAUUAAAUGGUGCUUUUGCUAUAAGUCGAAAGGCGAAACUCCCACUCAACACAACUCUCAACCGUUAUUGCCAACUCAAUUUCUACAAUUUUAUUCACCUACUAUUCACCAGAGCUCGCAGUUAGCGGCCAAGUCAAGCUUUAAAAUGUAAAGAUUUUUUAUUGAUUAUGAAAACAAAAAACGGCAAGCAUUUAAACACACACACACACGUACAUAUAUACACUUGUUAAUGCCACGCCCACUAUUCACUAAAUGUACUUACUUAUACAUAUAUACCCAUUCGAAGGAAUAAAACGCAACAUUUACAAACUCAUACCAAACUGCAGAUGUAUGUAAAUUCUUACUUACAAACAUACAUACAUGCGUAGUAUUGCAAUUGUUCACA